AUGACGAAAAAGUGCUUCGUAAUCAAGAGCUGCCUUUACUUCGUGGUCAUAUCUGUUAUGCUAGUGUUUUGUGUUUUUUGGCCAUGGCUGAGCCUGAUCAACAUUUAUUACCGCCAUAGGCAGCCGAUAUUGAAGGUGUGGUAUGAGAUGGAACCGCCACCAGCAGUACCAGAGUUAAUGUUGUUAGACACUAGAACAAUCUAUGAAUUUAACUCACCUUCUGUCGAGUCCUUUAUUCAGGCAUCAACAACAGACAAUUCACUGAAAGGUCUCGCUGUGUAUUUGAACCUCACAAACGCGUGUCAAACACUGGAUGAUGUAAGCAAAGCAAAGAAUCAAGUUCACAAAAUCGCUCUUGUCACACUCAUGCAGAAUGAUCAAACUACAUGUACUAUACAAGACCUUGCCAAAAAUGUACAAAAUGCAGGUUACUCUAUGUUGAUAUAUUGUUGUGCUACAGCGACUUCUAGAGUGAAGAACAAGGUAAUGAUAAUGAUCCCAGUGGCAACGGUGGACGAGAAGACCAAUGUAAGUGAGGUAAAGAGAACUUUUUCCUAUGCAGAUCGAACUGAUGUUGACAUUCUGUGUUCGCCCACUCAUGGUCAAAAAACAGAUUAUUUGAGGAAAAUGGAGUCUUACUUAAAAAGACUAUAUUUUUGGUUUCUUAUUGGACCUUUAAUUACUCUCGAGUGGAUGAGACGUACAAGGAAAUUUUGUUGGAUGUCUGACAGUCAAGAAAAGCAACGGGUCGGUGAAGAGCGAGCAAGUGAAAACGGAGGAAAUGCUGCUGAAAAUGAAAUUCGAACCAUGGAGGAAGGUGAAAAUGGAACUGAGGAACCGUUGGCCUCAAAUUACCAAGAGUCCAGAGGAAGAAACCCAGGACGAGAAGUUUUGAGCCAAAGCAGUGAGGAACAGCCUUUACUUGUUGAAUUUAAAAGACUACCACGGCACAAUCAAAGUGUGGUUACGAGUUUCAAAAAGUUCUUUUGCAAAGGGGUGAUGUGUUUUUCUUACCUAAUGCUUUUUAUUGCGGCUCUUCCGAUUUCCAUAUCUUGUGGAAGCUUCUCCUUUUUUAGAUUUGAUCACAGGGUUUUUCCUACUUUUGUUUUUUUUAUCACACAAGACCCGCUAAGAGACAGGGUGACAGACCCGCUAAGAGAUAGGGUGACGCUUCGAACAUUUUUGUACAUUGUUUUGCUUUUGUGGUCACCUUUGCAGAUAUUUUGUUUCUUACUGUACAGUCGGUUGGCUUGUACUACCACUUGGGUUGUUCCUAUCAACGUCUUAAGACUUAUUCGUAGCGAGUGGUUUGCUUCAAACAUUUCUUUGCUGGUUCUAGCUGUAGUGGUGCCAUUAUGUACCUCAUUAGACAUCUUUAGUUUUUUCGCAACUUACAACACCGUUUGCACAGUGUGCAAUAUGCUUUUCAUUUUUAUUUUAAACAAGCACAACUUUGUCACACGCUACGUUUUCUACAUUAGCGUGUGCAUGAUUUUUGCCUAUCUGGAAAGCAGUAUCGUUGCCGUGUUUUAUUUUGUUCUCAAUUCUCAAGGAUCCUUAGACAACUUGAAACUAACUGCCCUUCGCACUGUGGCCAUUGGCCUUACUUUGAAGGUUAGUUUCAGUUCUUCCAUUCACAUUGUAUGGAAACUCAAUAAGCCGACAAAAUCCCUGUUUGAGGAACUUUCGGAGAAGUAA